AUGAUGAGGCAGGCAGUGGGUCCCGCCUGUCACCAAAAUUUCAUCACAGGGUUAAAGGAACCAGUAGGCGGAGACAUCACAGGGUUAAAGGAACCAGUAGGCGGAGACAUCACAGGGUUAAAGGAACCAGUAGGCGGAGACAUCACAGGGUUAAAGGAACCAGUAGGCGGAGACAUCACAGGGUUAAAGGAACCAGUAGGCGGAGACAUCACAGGGUUAAAGGAACCAGUAGGCGGAGACAUCACAGGGUUAAAGGAACCAGUAGGCGGAGACAUCACAGGGUUAAAGGAACCAGUAGGCGGAGACAUCACAGGGUUAAAGGAACCAGUAGGCGGAGACAUCACAGGGUUAAAGGAACCAGUAGGCGGAGACAUCACAGGGUUAAAGGAACCAGUAGGCGGAGACAUCACAGGGUUAAAGGAACCAGUAGGCGGAGACAUCACAGGGUUAAAGGAACCAGUAGGCGGAGACAUCACAGGGUUAAAGGAACCAGUAGGCGGAGACAUCACAGGGUUAAAGGAACCAGUAGGCGGAGACAUCACAGGGUUAAAGGAACCAGUAGGCGGAGACAUCACAGGGUUAAAGGAACCAGUAGGCGGAGACAUCACAGGGUUAAAGGAACCAGUAGGCGGAGACAUCACAGGGUUAAAGGAACCAGUAGGCGGAGACAUCACAGGGUUAAAGGAACCAGUAGGCGGAGACAUCACAGGGUUAAAGGAACCAGUAGGCGGAGACAUCACAGGGUUAAAGGAACCAGUAGGCGGAGACAUCACAGGGUUAAAGGAACCAGUAGGCGGAGACAUCACAGGGUUAAAGGAACCAGUAGGCGGAGACAUCACAGGGUUAAAGGAACCAGUAGGCGGAGACAUCACAGGGUUAAAGGAACCAGUAGGCGGAGACAUCACAGGGUUAAAGGAACCAGUAGGCGGAGACAUCACAGGGUUAAAGGAACCAGUAGGCGGAGACAUCACAGAGCAUCCCCUCAUCCUCCUGCCAGUGUCUCCGCAGGUGUACAAUAUGACAUUGUAUGUGGAUGAGCACCUGGGUGGCGAUGCCAUCCUCAUCAUUGUCACCACACCACCCAAGUGCACAACUCUUGUGCUUCUUGUCCCAUGCGCGAUCUCUCUCCCCGUAGUCCCUUCAGGCGUGUACGAUCUGACGUCGUAUGUGGAUGAGCACCCGGGUGGCGACGCCAUUCUCAACAAUGCAGGAGGGGACGCAACAGAAGGCUUCUAUGGGUAUGGGUGCUUCUUUUGGGUUUCCACAUUUUAG